AGCGAGUCUGAGGAGUCCGUCUGUCAGUCGGGGAAGUUUCUGGUAGUUUGUGAAAAUGCCUUGUGAGAGGAAGCCGAUGCGCUACGGCCACUCGGAGGGACACACCGAGGUCUGCUUCGAUGACUCCGGGAAGUUCAUUGUCACCUGUGGGAACGAUGGAGACGUUCGGAUAUGGGAGGGUCUGGAUGAUGACGACCCGAGGUUCAUCACUGUCGGGGAAAAGGCGUACUCGCUCGCACUCAAGAACAACAAGCUGGUGACCGCCGGCUCCAACAACACGGUGCAGAUCCACACGUUUCCUGACGGCGACCCGGACGGCAUCCUGACCCGGUUCACUACCAAUGCCACACACGUCACCUUCAACAGCAGCGGUUCCAGAGUCGCUGCGGGAUCCAGCGACUUCAUGGUGAAGGUGGUGGAGGUGUCGGACAGCAGCCAGCAGAAAACACUCCGGGGCCAUGAAUCGCCCGUCCUCAGUGUCACCUUCGACCCCAAAGAUAACUUUCUGGCGUCUGCCAGCUGUGACGGCACCGUCGUGGUUUGGAAUAUCGAGGAGCAGUCUCAGCUGAUCAGCUGGCCUCUGCUGCAGAAGACCAAUGACGUCACUAACGCAAAGUCUCUGUGUCGGCUGGCCUGGCAGCCCGGGGCAGCAAAGUUUUUAGCUGUUCCUGUGGAGACGAAGGUGCACCUGUACGAGCGAGACUCCUGGGAACAUGUGAGCACUCUGUCUGAUGAUCUGCUGACACAGCUCAUUAACGUGGUGUCCUGGUCUCCAUGUGGGCGUUUCCUGGCAGCGGGCAGCGUGGGCGGCUCACUGACAGUUUGGGACGUGAACAGCAAGCUGUGUGUGGAAAGGCAGAAGCACGAGAAAGGCUUCACGGUGUGCGGUUUGGCGUGGCAUCCAUCAGGCAGCCAGAUCGCCUACACAGACACAGAGGGCUGCCUGGGGCUGCUGGACGGACUCAGCACCUCCACAUCCAGCACCAGCAGCAGCACCAAGCAGGCUCCAGCCAAAACGGCAGCAGGAGAGUACGACGACCUGUUUGACGAUGAUGAUGACAGACUGAUGGACGAAGGGCUGAGUGACACCAACUCGCCUGUUAAGAAAGCUGCCGUCCCCGAUGACGACGAUGACGAUGACUUCCUCAUGCCUGCGACCGGGCGGGUGAGGAACAGAGGGGCGAUCCUGGACGAUGAGAACUCUCUGGACACCGGAUCUCUGAAGCUUGGUCAGGAUAAAUUCGGGGAUGAUGACGACGCAGGCAGCGCCGUCGUUCCGGCCGCCGCCCCGCUGGUGCCGCUGCGUCCCGUCUAUGACGGACCGAUGCCGACACCGCCACAGAAAGCCUUUCAGCCGGGCUCCACCCCGGCACACCUCACACACCGCUUCAUGAUGUGGAACUCUGUGGGGAUAGUUCGCGGCUACAACGACGAGCAGGACAACGCCAUUGAUGUGGAAUUCCACGACUCGGCAGUGCAUCACGCCAUGCACCUCACCAACUCGCUGAGUCACACCAUGGCUGAUCUUUCCCAGGAGGCUGUGAUGCUGGCGUGCCCCAGCACCGACGAGCUCGCCAGUAAGCUGCAGUGCCUCCACUUCUCGUCGUGGGACACCAACAAGGAGUGGAUGGUGGACCUGCCGGCGGGCGAGGACGUGCGGGCGCUGUGUCUGGGUCACGGCUGGGCCGCCGUCGCCACCAGCGCCAUGAUGCUCCGCCUCUUCUCCAUCGGCGGGGUGCAGAGAGAAAUCUUCAGCCUGCCGGGGAACGUGGUUUGCAUGGUCGCACACGGAGAGCAGCUGCUCAUCGUCUACCACCGAGCUCCGGGUUUUGACGGAGAUCAAGCUCUCGGUGUUCAGCUGCUGCAGGUCGGUCAAAGGAAGAAGCAGCUCAUCAACGGAGAAGCCCUCCCUCUGUCUCACAAAUCCUACUUGUCCUGGCUCGGAUUCACAGCUGAAGGUACCCCGUGUUAUGUGGAUUCGGAGGGUGUUGUCCGCAUGCUGAACCGCUCUCUGGGCAACACGUGGACCCCGGUGUGUAACACCAAGGAGACCUGCAAAAGCAAAUCAGACAACUACUGGGUGGUCGGCGUGCACGAGAACCCUCAGCAGCUCAGGUGUAUCCCCUGUAAAGGCUCCAGGUAUCCUCCCACCCUGCCCAGACCUGCUGUGGCCAUCCUGCCCUUCAAACUGCCUCUAUGUCAGACGUCCACAGAGAAAGGACAGAUGGAGGAGCAGUUCUGGCGUUCAGUGCUUUUCAACAAUCACUUCAGCUUCCUGUCGUCCAGCGGCUACGAGGUGGACGAGGUGGCCCAGACUCAGUCCCAGAAGGAGCAGCAGGAGCUCCUCAUGAAGAUGUUCGCACUGUCCUGUAAACUGGAGAGAGAGUUUCGCUGCGUGGAGCUGGCGGAGCUGAUGACGCAGAACGUCGUGACUCUGGCCAUUCGCUACGCGUCCCGGUCCAGACGCAUGGCGCUCGCCCAGCGGCUCAGCGAGAUCGCCCUGGAGAAAGCCAACCAGAUCCAAGAAGAAGAGCAGGAGGAGCAAGAGGAGCCACAGUACUCCAGCGUCAGACGGCCCUCUGGAUUCGGUCAGAGUGAGGUCACAGCAGGACGCCAUAGCAGCAGACGUCACCAGGAGGAGGAGGAGGAAGAGGAGCAGAGGGUGGAGGAGGAGGAGGAGGAGGAGGGAGAGAUGGAGAUGGAGACGGAGGAGGCAGCAGAAACAAGAAAACGUGUGAAUCCCUUUGCUAAAGAAGCCGUUUCACCCGUGAAACCGUCUCUGACACCAAUUGGUAGAGUUGGACUUGGACGUGCAAAUCCCUUCAAGGUGCUCGGCUCGGGGAAGCCGGUGUCCUCGUCCGGCCAGCCUCGCGUGGCCAACAUCCUGGACAACAUGACCUCCGGCAGGAAGUCGUCUCCACUCUGCGGCGCGGCAGCAGGGAAACAGAGCAAAGCUCCCGUCCUCAGACCACUCGCACCCCGACCCAAAACAAAGACACAGUCGACUCUGCAGCUGAGCGGCACCAAGAAGUCCAAUAACAAACCUCAGGAGAACAAACAGCAGGCUGCAGAUCAGCAGAAACAAGAGGAGGCCCCGCCUCCAGCCUCACCUGCAGACAACACGGAAAACAAAAGGCCGAAGACGGGCUUCCAGUUGUGGCUGGAGGAGAACAGGAAGAACAUCACGGCGGACCACCCGGACCUGGAGGAGACGGACAUCAUCAAAGAGGCGAUGGGACGAUUCAGGACGCUGACAGCCGACGAAAGACUGUCGUGGACGGAAAGAGCAAAAGGCCAAACUGGAGACGCAGCUGAUCUGAAGAAGAGGAAGAGAGCCGAAGGAGGAGGAGAAGCGGAAAAUGAAAAUGGACAGGCGGAAGCAGAUGAAAAUAUCGCCAAGAAGAAGAAAUCUCUAGACCCCUCCUCCAAACUUUCAGCGUUUGCGUUUAACAAAAACUAAAGAUGUUAUUUUUUGUUCAGAUUUAUGUGUGAAAAGUUUCCUGUGUCGAUGAAAACGCUGUUUCUUUGAAGCACUUGAUCAAAACAUUUAAAGCCAUUAAAAGGCUUCAGAUCUGAUGGAUCAGAGACUUUCAUCUGUCACGGAGUGUCCUUCUGUUUUAUUUUAACAUUUAUUACUUCUUAAAACCCUCACUGUAUUUUAACCAUUGAAUAAAUGUAAAUGUUUGUUCGUUCACA